AUGACCGAUAAUGAAACAAAGAGCUUAAAUAUUGAGUCAAAUAUAUCCAAUAAGUCAUUUAAUAUGGCACGACAGGACGUAUUCAUGAUUCAAUAUUCCAUGAAAGUCAUUAAUAACAGUACUGCAUUUUCAACCUUUAAACAAGAGCUACGAUAUUCACGCAGUGUCCUGACUUUUAAAAUACUUGGAAAGAUUGGUGGUAUCCAGCAUUGUAAAGACUGGAUUCAUUAUGUUGAUAAUGUUUCCAACGACCUAGGGCCGUGGUGCUCUGAUAUAUUAUGGAGUAUUUUUCUCAAUGAUAUCAAUCCAGGCAGUAACGAAUAUUCAGCAAAUGACUUUGUACUGCUACAACAAGCACAGAUCAUAUGUCGUCACACGUUCGAAUUCUUUACCUCUGACUAUCGAAAUACAGAGUUGUUUACUCCCAAAGUGACACAGUUCAUCAACUGUCUCAUAUCUCUUAUAUCCAGCAAACAGAAGUUAUUCAUUGUUGUUAUUGUCGAGAAUCGAAUAACAGCCUUGGUUCUGAAACUCUUGAUAAGCUCACUGGACGUCUUGAGAAUAGGUAUAAGCUGUGAUGCUUUCUUAGACACUUUUGAGAACAUUAGUGAAGCGACAUAUAGCCAUAUAUCAAGAUUUAAAGCUAAUCAAGUUAACCUAUUAAUCACCACCUAUGAACUUGAAGCAAUUGCAAUCACUGAAUCAUAUGACUAUUUAAUCAGAUUUGAUUUUUACAAAGACGAAAAAAUGUAUCUUGCAUCAGCUGCUACUAGAAGACUAAGUUCAAAGACAAUCAUACUGAUCAACGCACAAAAUAAACGAGAGAUGUGUCUGGCUAAGAAGGUAGCGCAACUAGAAGGCCGGAUAGCCAAUGUUCAUCACUUUUCAAGCUCUUCUACUGAUGCACAAAUGUUAUCUUGCCCUAACAAGACCAAUGUGGCAGAUAUGCAAAUUGCAAAGGUACAAAUGGGAUCUUACAAGCAGAGUCGCGUAAAGUUCUGGGAGAAUGAUAUAAUAGCAAAAAUGGAGGGCUCAGCAAUAACCAAUCCUGAAAACGAAGAGAGUAUCGUCUUUUGGCUAUCAGGAUUUGAAAUUGAGCAACCAGAAAUACAUACUCGAAAGAUAGGAUUCUGUACCAAGAAGCCAUUACCUGAUCUACCCGCACUUGAAUUCAUGCUUGAUAAUGCCCUUCACAAAGUUCAUAUUCGCAAUUUCCACACAUGCGUUCAUCUUGAACAUUCCGUGUCUGAUCAGUUACUAAUUUACACGCUUCAAGUUACGAAUCACUUGAAAAAAGACAGUAUCAAGUGUUCCCUAGAUGAUGUGCCUUAUUUACUUGUCCCACUGAAGCAAUACUGCAAUGAUAAAUCACAUGAUGUCGAUGUGGAUUGGGAAGAGAUAGAAAAGACCAUUAGGUACAGUGCGAAGCGUACAGUGCUUUCGUUAGACUUUCCUAUUAGUGAUACUCUCAUAUAUGACCCAGAGAAACCGAAUCACAUGUUUCUCAUCCAAGAUAUACCGGUGCCCGUAAAACCCAUGUUCUAUUUGUUCAGAGACGACAGGGUUGGUGAUCAGGAAAAAUUUGUCUUUACCGAAUUUUACAAGAGUCGGUUACAGCAUAUUAGCAAGAUGGAUUUCUCUAAGCCAUUGAUUCAAGUAACUUUGGUAAAAAACGAUAGCAAGAAGUCUAGCUGUCUGUUUCCAUUAUAUUCUAAAGUAUGGCUUAUACCUGACUAUUGCGCUAUUUAUCCAAUAAGCGCAAGUGUCUGUCGAACCUACGAGUUGCUCCCUGAAAUUAUGACACAGAUCAAUGCAUAUCUACUGAUGUUCCAAGCAAAAGAAAUGUACAACUUUGAGAAAAUUGAUGACGCCCUACUCCGCGAAGCACUUUCCUGUAAAAAUGCUGAUUUUAUCAAAGACUAUGAAAGAUUGGAAUAUUUAGGAGACGCUGUAUUGGGCUUCAUCUUUUCCACAUAUCUUUACAUCAAAUACCCUAAUUAUAACGAGUGCCAAUUAACAAAUACUCGAAGCAGGGCUGUUAAAAACAGUACACUCGCACAAGCGGGCAAAAAUAUCAGACUGUACAAGUAUAUCAUCAAUCAAAAGACGAACCGAGAUGCAUGGCAACCACCAGCAUUUGUCAGCUGUUACAAAAAGCGCAAGUCUGUUGGUUUUCCCUACCAGACAACGAGAAGAUCACUGAGCGAUAGCACAAUUGCUGAUGUCAUGGAGGCUAUUUUAGGUGCAGCGUUCCUGAGCCACUGUCUGGACGGUGCUCUUCACACGGCAACAAAUCUUUUACUGCCCUUUGAUGGCCUGACGACUUGGUCUGACAUGUCAGAGAUGUGUAGCAAAAUGACAUAUGGAGAGAAAAGCAGCUAUAACAUUGAUCUAGACGAGUUUUAUCAAAAGAUAGGAUAUACAUUUAAUAACCCCAUCCUGGCUGAAAAGGCCUUGACACAAAGGAACUGCAAGGUCUCGCUGCAAUAUGAGCGGCUUGAGUUCCUGGGUGAUGCAGUCCUAGGUUUCUUUGCCGCUCAAUAUCUUUAUAAAAAAUACCCAACUGCACUUCCUGGUGAGCUAACCAACCUUCGCUCAAUGUAUGUCUCCAAUGCCACUUUGGCUUUCAUAUGCAUAAAGAUGGAUCUGCAGAAACAUAUACGGCACUCUUCUCCUAAAAUGGCCGUGAAUAUUGCCUAUUAUGAAAAUCAGCUACGGGAAAACGCGACGAAAGAAAAGAACGACAACGAUUUCUGGCUCAGCCUUGAUCCUCCAAAGGUCCUUGCGGAUGUUGUUGAAAGUGUCAUUGGUGCCAUCUUUAUAGAUGCUAACUGUAACCCACAGCCAGCCUACGCAUUUUUCGAAACAUGGCUUAUUCCACUUGUGGAUGGGCAUAUUCCUGGGAUAGCAUUUCAAUCUGCUAUUUGGGGCUUUAGAUGUCAUGAAUGGAAGUUAAGGCAAAGUCAACCCUUACAACAUCCUAAUACGUGCCUGUCGAUAGUCUAUGGUCAAGCUUUUGCACAAGGUUUAGGACGUACCAAAAAAUCAGCAAAAGAAUCAAUGGAAGUCAGUGCAAUCCAAAAUAUUCAACAGGAAUCUGAAGCAUUUAGAUCUCUUUGUACUUGCAGAAAGAGUCCGUCUCAUCUUAAAAUUGAGUCAUAA